AUGAGUAUGGCUACUCUACUGUGUAUGGGUGAAAUUAAGAUGAAUGAUAAUAUGAAUAGCUUAAACCAAGACCUAUACCGACUAACAUAUUUCACAAAAAAUACAGUAGAUACAUUUGACUUUGGGAUGUGUUUGUAUUUCCAGGCAAUUUAUACCGUUGUUCAUUUUUAUCCUAUGAGUCUGGAACAUGAAUCCGCCUAUGUCUUUACGGAUAUUGCUAGUGUAAAGAUACCCACACAACGGGCUGAUAUCAUAAACACAUUACUGGAGCUCGAUAUAAUCAUCCGACUUGCUCAUUUAGAUAAUACUUUAUGUAAACAUGUUCAAAAUAUAAUUAUGUAUAGCCCUACUAUACCCUGUGAAAUGUUAGAAUUCAAGACCAAACAAUAUAAUCCAACGAAGCAUAAUAGAAGCAAUUUUACGGAGACAAAGUUUCCUGCCAGUUAUGCAGAACAGUAUGAGUUGUUGUCAUCAAAGUGUGACGCAAUCUUGUUGGAUAUUCUACUAUUUAUUGGCCUUCUUACGCGUAUCAUGUCUUUUUCUUUCAUCUACUUAUAUUCCCAGAGUAUGACAGCACCAAGCGACCAGACAUUAAUAUUUGAUACCGAACAGCAAAUCCCUAUUUAUGGUCUGGUAAAAGCACAAAAUCGUCUCCCGUCAGAAAAGGUAGUGUCCCAUCAGAGAAUGUCGUCCUCUAAUAUUAGCGUUCUUAUAAUAAAUUAA